CCUGGCAGGCGCGUCGUUCAAUUCAAGUUUCACCCUCGUGCCAGGGUUGGUUCGGAAGGUCAACGCGGGGUUGCUCCCGAAUCAAUACGCCAACCUACCGCGUGGCUUGCGGUAUAAAACUCCCGCGCUCAUCACGUUAAUAGGAAAGCUAGUUUUAAAUACCUCGAGACCACGUCAAGUGCUCGUGUAUCAUCCCUCAAGGUGUUGGCGAUACGCGUUCACACUUUUCCGAUCGGGCUGCUGGUUCAGGCGCACACGAAAUGUUGAAGAAAGCGCUGUCCAAAUCCGGCCUCAGGAUAUUAAGGGCACUAAAGAAACUCUCAACGAAGAGCAGAUUAGUGAAAAAGUCUCAGUCGAGUGCAACGUCUAAACUGUCAUUGGGAUCCGCAAAUUCGAGGCCUUCAACGCUGCCAGAACACGAGGCAAUUUCGUUAUCUUGGUCACUCGCGUCGUUGGACACAAAGAGCGUCGAUACUUACCUAACGAUGGUCAGUGAAAAUGUUCCGGAAAGCCCAGAAAACUACAGCAAAAAAAACCGCUGUUGUUGUUGUGCUGAGUACGAAGAAAAUUUGAGGAACGAGAACAGGGAGAACGAGAUGUUCGUGUAACCUGUGAUGAUGAUUCGUAGUCACAGGUACAAGAAAUGGUCGGAAUGAAGAAAGAAAACUCAACUGCAAAAGCUUGACAAUAAAUUUCUCUUGCUCCCAUUAGUCAUGCAUAUUUCCAAAUAUCGAAGUCCACAUAUCUCGAACGCGAAAAAGGGCUCAACAGCCUCACUGUAUAUACUAUUCUGAACAAAAACACUCCAACACAUU